AUGGCGGCGAUGACGGGCGGAGCUGCAACUGCAGCUACAAUGGCAGAGUCUGAGGCAACUGGAGAUGCUGGGAAUAAGUUCCAGCAUGCUAUUUCUGCAUGGAGAACGGUCGAUCUUACGACUCUCAUUUCGAACCUCGAUAACACGGCGUCUGAAAUUGUCACAUAUCAACGUGACUCGACUGUUCAGCGUAAAGACCUGGCGCAAAAGACGAAAGAUUUUCGAAAGUUGGAUGAUGCCACAAAACUGACGGAGAUGAAGGGACUGCUGAAAGCCUACCAAACAUUUAUUGAUCUAUUGACGAAUCACUCCAAGGCCGUCAAUUCAGCUUUCUUACAAGCAUACUCAUCGAUCUCUGAGGCGCCUGAUCCGUAUCCGCUGCUAGAAGCCUCGGUCGAUGCGAUGCUAGUGUCCGAGGACACUGCCCCGAAGCUCCGAGACGAAAACAGUCAUCUACAAGAAAAUGUUGCGAAACUUACUGCGCAGCUUGAAGAGACCGAGGCAAAGCUACAAUCCGAGUGCGCAGCGCGCAAAGACUUGGAGGACACUCUGGACGCAAAAGUAAAGGAUGUUGAAUCGUCCUGGAACGCUGUGCUGGGUGAGCGCAAAGACAACUGGGAGGCAAAAGAAAAAGGCCUGGAAGAGAAGGUGGAGAGCCAAGAGAGACUCUUGAAUGAGCUCAAGGCUACCUACGAAACAAACCAGCGCCUCGGAAAAGCCGGCGAUGACCAGGACGGUAUGCGUAACCAGGCCUCGAGAGCGGAACUCGAAAUGCUGCAUUCCGAUCUGGAACGCACAAGUGCGCGACUGGCGGAUGUCGAGUCUCGAAACGAGCAAAUGCGACUAGAACUGGCUGAAGCCAAGUCUAGUGUUUCUGCCCAACCCAAGACUUCUUUGGAGGACGACCCUGACUAUCUAAGAAUACGCUCCGAAAACUCGUCGCUCAUUCGAAAACUUGACAGUACAAGAUUGGAGAAGGAAAGCCUGAAGAGAGAGCUGGACACCAAGGUUCGAUCCAUAGAACGAGAGCUGGCUCUUCUCAAGGACGAGAACGAGUUACUCAAAUCGAAAGUGCAGAAAUGGAGUGAUUAUGAUGAAUUGAAACAGGAACUGGAGGUGCUCAAGAGCAUUGAGUUUUCUACAGGUGACGAUGAUGAGGAGAUGCCAGCUGGCGAGGAAAGUGGGGCUGAAGCCGGCAACACCUUGGAGAAGCUGCUUCUAGGUCGAAAUAAGAAGCUGAAUGACGAGCUCACAGUUCUUCGAGUUUCUCAUCAAGAUCUACAAAGCAGAUUGGAGGAUUUGCAAGAAGAAAUGUCCAAGACAAAUGCGGAGCUUGAGAGAUGUCAAAACUUGAAUGAGAAGCUUGAAGGAGAUUUAGAGCAGAUGCACGCCGAAGGUGCAAAUGCUUUCCCCUCUGGAGCUUCGGUCGCGGGAACCUAUGUGACACGAGCACAGACACGACGCGGUGGCAGAAUUUCACCGACAUCAUCAAUCAUCAGCGGGUUAGACCCUCGCGGAGGCGGAGGCGGAGGCGGAGAGAGGGAACCCAUGGGCGGAGGGUCUGGCAUUCUCCCCAUGGUGACGGCACAGCGAGAUCGAUUCAAGCAGAAGAACGCCCAGCUGGAGUUGGAGGUUUCGGAGAGCUACAAAACCGUGCAGCAGCUACGACAAGAGGUGGCAGCGUUGCAAAAGGACAAUUUGAACUUGUAUGAAAAGACGCGAUACAUUUCGACUUACAAUCGAUCAGGCGCAACAUCAUCUUCGGCGACUGCGUAUGGAGGAAAUCCAAACCCAUCUACGGUGGCUAUUGGAGAAACCGGGACUCCAGGUAUGGCCAUGGAUAGAUACCGUGCAGCGUACGAGUCCAACAUUUCACCAUUUGCUGCGUUUCGAGGACGGGAAUCGGCGCGGGCGUAUCAGCGCAUGAGCCUGCCAGAGCGAGCGGUAUACUCGAUGACGCGAAUUGUGCUGGCGUCACGCAGCAGCAGAAACUUAUUCGCAGCAUAUUGCGUCGCACUGCACCUGCUCGUCUUUAUGUGCCUGUAUUGGCUCGGUGCGUCUGACCUGGAGAAGCACGCGGGCAGCCUGGGCGCGUCGUCUGCGGCCGCGGCCGGGGCUGCCGCCAAGGGAGCAGCCAAUGGCGGUGGUAAAUGGAAGGAGGAUGGUUUUGCGGGAAGCUAG